CGGUCUCUUAGAGUUUGAUGCCUACCACUGUCAUCUUUUCCCGGCGACAAAAGAGUAAAAACGGGGCACCGGACGUUCAUCCACCGGAUUGUUUUUCUCCGUCACCGUCAUCACAGGAUAGUUGGACAUGGAGUCAACUCAUGGUCACAUGCGUUCAAUCAAGCUAUGGCCUCCUAGCCAAAUCACGAGGCAAGUUCUUGUGGAUCGUAUUGUAAAAAAUCUGGCAACCCCAUCCAUUCUAUCAAGAAAAUACGGUCUCCUAAGUAAAGAAGAUGCAGAAGAAGACGCCAAAUUAAUCGAGUCUGCAGCUUUUGUUGCUGCAAGCCAACACUUUGACAAAGACCCCGAUAGCGAUGGAGGAUCCGCUGUGCAACUCUACGCUAAAGAAUCCAGUAAACUUAUGGUACAAGUUAUCAAAAGAGGGUCCAGAGGAAAAGAUGACCGGGAAACCAUCAUCCCGGAGUUGGUCACACUUCCAUCAGACCACGAAACUGUUUUUGACAUCUCCGGUGGCCGGAGAGCCUUCAUUGAAGCAGAAGAAGCUAAAGAACUACUGAAACCAUUGAAAGAGUCUGGAAACAAAUACACAAAGAUAUGUUUUAGCAACCGAAGCUUCGGUUUACCCGCUGGACAUGUUGCUGCAUCGAUUCUGUCAGCCAUGAAAGAUCAGUUGACGGAUGUUGACUUCUCCGAUAUCGUUUCGAGGAGGCCGGAGCCUGAAGCUGUUGAAGUUAUGAGAAUGUUAUCUUCAGCCCUCGAUGGGUCGAACCUAAACUAUCUGAAUCUUUCAAAUAAUUCAUUGGGUGAAAGAGGGAUUCGAGCAUUCGGGGAUUUAUUAAAAUCUCAAAAGAAUCUCGUCGAAUUAUAUCUGAUGAACGCUGGAAUCUCUGAACACGCUGCAAAAGCAUUACGCGAGUUGAUUCCUUCUACAAAUAAAAUUAAAAUCCUUCAUUUUCACAACAACGUAACUAAAGACGAAGGUGCAGUUGCAAUCUCUCAAAUCGUGAAAGAAUCACCAAAUCUUGAAGAUUUCAGAUGCUCCUCCACUCGGGUCGGGUCCGUAGGUGGGGUUGCGUUAUCCGAAUCACUACAAAAUUCUACCCUUCUGAAGAAACUCGAUUUACGUGACAACAUGUUCGGACCUCAAUCCGGCGUCGCACUUGGCCGGGCUCUUUCCGUUCCGGUGAAACUCACCGAGGUUUACCUCAGUCACUUGCGUUUGGAAGACGAAGGAGUCACCGCCAUUGUAAACGGUCUGAAAGGUUCCGCUUCCGCCCUCGAAAUCCUCGACCUCGCCGGAAACAGCCUCACUUCUGAAGCGGCUCCUGCUGUGGCUGCGUGUAUAACUUCAAAGAAACAUUCUUUAACGAAACUAAACUUAUCGGAAAACGAAUUGAAGGAUGCAGGUGCUAUGGUGAUCGGGGUGGCGCUUGAGGGUGAUAUUGGGCGGUUGAAUAUAGUCGAUUUGAGUAGCAACGGGAUCAGAACAGGUGGCGCCACCGCAUUGGCUAAAGCGGUUGUGGGGAAACCGGAGUUUAGGAUGCUGAAUAUCAAUGGGAACUUUUUGUCUAAUAAAGGGGUUGAAGAUGUUAGAGAGAUCUUCAAGAACUCACCACGUAUGCUUGGAUCUCUUGAUGACAAUGAUCCUAAUGGAAAAGAUGAUGAUGAUGGUGAUAACAAUCAAGAUGCUUGAUCGAAGCUUCAACAGGUUUGUGUUUCUAUUUUCUAACAUGAAAACAUGGUUUAACACAUGGUCAACGCUUCAAAACGGGUUUGGGUCGAACAAACGAAUUUUUAAAUCUUGUCAAAAUGAAAUGGGUAGGGUCGUGUUGGUUUGACGUGACAGCAUUUUUUUAUUUCAUAAAUAAAUAUUAUUAUUAAAAAUAAUAAUAUUUUUAAUAAAAGAGCUCAUAAGGUUGUAAUCAUGUACAUUUUGUAUCGCUUUUAAAUUGUUGUCUUUCAUUUUUUUUUAAAGCUUUGAUUAGUUUUAGUCAAUAACUAAAAAAAACAUGACUUUAAAAUGGAUGUAUGGGAUAAUCUUCAUUCUUCUAUUAAAUAAAUAUCUUUAGGAUUUUUGUAAAUUUUUUGUAUUUGUAACUAUUUAUUUUUCUGUUUA